UCUACAUCGAAGGGAAACUUGAACAAAAAGUUUCUUUGUAAUCAAGUAAUUUUACAGCAAAGCUCUACGUUCAUUUUAUGUAUUUGUGGUCAUAAUUACAACAGAAUAAGUUUAAAGGAGACAUUAAAAAUCAUUUUUAUAUUUGUGAUGAACUUAACACUAAAUAUUUCGAAAUGGAGCUACUAUAAUUGAAGAUUCAUGAUGAGUCAAAAAAUAAAGCCCAAUAUGACUAAAGGUGAUGUAUCCUAUUUACGGGCUACAGGAAUACCACCCCCAGCAUCUCCCGCCCCUUCAAGAGAAGGGUCUCAUACACCAAUGUCACAAAUGUCUAAUAUAGAAAAUGAUUGGGAUGACAGAGAUGAAAUAAGAACACGUGAAUUAGAAGAGGCAAGAGCACGAGCCACCCAGAUGGAGAAAACAAUGAGAUGGUGGUCUGAUUGUACAUCCAACUGGCGUGAAAAAUGGAGCAAAGUUAGAAAUGAGAGGAAUAAAGCUCGUGAAGAAAACAGACAGCUCAGGACUAAAUUGGAAGCAAUGGCUAAAGAAUGUACUGCAUCUAAAAGGCAAAGUGAAGAACUUAAAGUGAAAAAUGUAGAACUACAGAAACAAUUAGGUAUAAAUGUAGACGCGGCAGCUGACGACAAUGUGACAGUCAAUGAUGUUGACAAAAAGUCAGAUAGUAGCCCUGCAAAGAAAAGUGAAAGUAACAAAGCAUCUCCUGUGUCAGAUGUUCGGAGAAAAAGUCAUCCAAAGUCUGAGGAUGAUUCUGAUGAUUUUGAACUGGCAGAGGAAAAGACUAACCUUGCAGGACUCAAAUUAGAUGAGGCACAAAAGACAUUAAUUGCUGAAAGAGGUGAAAAGUCAGUAUUGAUGAAAACAAUAGAGAAGUUACAAUUAGAAUUGAAUUCACAGAAAACCAAAUAUGAUGAUCUAAAACAAUCAAAACAAGAAGCAUUAUUAGAGAUAACCAAAUUAAAAGAGAGUAACAAGGAUGAAUUAAGUCGUGUUACAGUUGAGCUGGAAGAUGAAGCAGUGAAUAGAUCUAACAUGGAAAAGAAGCUAUCAGAACUGAGACGAGAGCUUGAAAGAUUGCAAAGAGAAAAUGCAGAAGAAUAUGGUAAAAGAGAACGUUUAGAAACAGAUAAGUUUUCUCUAGAAAGAGAAAAUAAAAAGAUACGCAUUCAAAUAGAGGACCUUAAGGAACAGAUUGACAGAAAGUCCCAGCAAACUUCUGCCAUGGCUAACUCUGAUGUCAAAAGUUUACAGACAGACCUAUCAGCCAGUAAUAAGGAGCUGAACGACUUAAAAGUUGCUUAUACAAGGUUAAAGAAAACUUUACAAGAAAAGAAUACAGAACUAGACCAUAGUAAAAGACGUGCUGAACAAUAUGAGGCAGAUGUAAAGAAACUCAGAGUGAGGAUAGAGGAACUUAAAAAGGACUUGGCAAAUGCUGAAGAUGAGGCUGAUGCACAGGGAAAUUCUUUAAGAAAGCAGCAAAGAGAAAACGAUGAUCUUCAAGAGCAACUUGAAAAUCUACAAGUUCAAUUAAAUCAUGCACAAAAUAGAUUACAAAGAAGUAACCCAUCAACAGUGAAGUCCCGGACACCUAGUGUAAAAUCCUUUGACCCAAAUGAACUUGGAGAGGACCCAGACAGUGAUGACUCAGAUCUUGACAUAGAAACGUAACCUGAGUUAUUGAAGCAUAAUAUACACAUAUAAGUAACUGUAUAUAUAUUUGUUCCAGAAUAUAUGCCUGUGUGUUUCAAUGGUGCAUCAUUAUACAUUUGUCUCACAGUCAUAUAUAUAAGAUUCCAACUCAUUAUGUCCCUAACGGCUUUAUAUGUGCCAGUAUGUACUAUCAAACCAUUGUUGUAGUGUAUAUCACUGAAUAGAAAACACUGAUAUUGUUAUACACCUUAUCGCUAUUUGUCAGCCAUUACUUGACAUCAGAAAGGUUCCUUUGACGUCACAAUAGAAAAAAAUUGACACCUCAAUGGAAAAGUGAUUGUUGUAGGACAGUUCAAAAAGAGCAGAUUUUGUGGUCAAGAGGAGCAGAAUCUGAUGUCAUGAGGAGCAGAUCUGAGGUCAAGAGGAGCAGAUUCGGAGGUCAAGAGGUGCAGAUUCUCUGGUCAAGCGGAACAGAUAUCUAAAUAGCGAUAAAGUCUAUUGAAAAUGCUGAUAUUGUUAUUGUUGUGAAGUAUAAUACUAAAUUCACAUAGGUUCAUGUGAUAAAAGUCUUCUCAGGUAUUAUUGAUAGUAUUAACCAAAAUACAUCAUUUAAACAUUAACAUCAUUUAUGUAUAACGAAUAUACAUUUAGAAAUAACAAUAAUAUUCAAUUUAAUCCUACAAUUAUAGUGUGAAGUUCACUUCUUCAAGGCAUUCUCAACCAAUAUUCAUUGAUACCAUGAUUUGAAUAGGUAAUCAAAGACAACUAAUUAUUGAUGCUAUUUUAGCAUUUUGCAUUUUUUUCAUCAUUUUAGAAUAUGAAAGUCAGUCGUAUCUGAAAGGGAUAUCUCAGUUUCAUAGCAAUAUUGAACCAACUAUAGGAUAAGACACCGGAUAUAAUCAAACUCGAUAUGCAUGAUAUGGAAUUGUAGCUCAUUGAUAUAUAAGAUAAAAGCAAUACUUAAAUGUUUAUCACUCUUAGAAAUGAUAUAAUAAGUGGUUUUAUGUAAAAUGUCAUGUCACUAUAAUGUAUUAUAAAUCUUUAUCAUUGUUUAUGGUUUGAAUCAUGUAGAAAAUAUAGGUUUGUUGAGCAUUUCUAUACUGUUGAAUGCAGAUAUGAAAUUGAUGUUUGUAGCAGUAUAUGAUUCUUCCCCUUAUAUUGCAAUGUUCAAAACUAGAUAUUUUAUUAAUGAAUCAGAUAUGAAAAUUUCACAAACCUGUAUUUCAACAAGAUUAUUUUUCACUAUUUUAUAACAUGGAUAUUAUAUUUAUGUGCCUUGGAAGCACGUAGUUGUUAAGGAAUUUAAAUGAAAUUACACUGUUGCUCCUUGAUUAGAUAUUGUUAAAUGUAAAUCAUUAAUGUACUUAAUUAUGCAAGUUAUAUCAUGCUGUAUUAUUUCAAUUUACUGUUUACCAUGAUAUAUAAACAUGACAAAAUGAAUUUCUGUAAUAAUUUUUUCUAAUUACAAAAAAUGGUUUUAAAAAAAUCAUGAUAUAUUUUUAAACCCAGACUUCCAAAAAUGGAUUAAAUGUAUAAAAGAAAGAAAAAUGUAAUGUAAGUUCAUUUAAUACUGUGAAUUCUUUAUAUUUUGUGAGAUUCAUUGGACCUGUUUUCACGGAUUUACUGGGUAUAGGUAAACCACAAAUUUUUAAAUUUUCAAUUAAGUCAAGUGUCUAAAAGCUUUAAACUUUGGCAAAACCGUAAAAUAUCAAAUAUCGUCAAAAACAUUUUUAUCUUAAUCCAAGAAAAUAAAUGAAUCCACUUUAAAUGAUAAUGCAUCUGAAAGAAUGAUGUGAAAAUCUUAAUAAAACAUAAUAUUAAGAUAGUCUAACAACAGGGAACCUUUACAACCCUUGAGGAAGAAAAGUGGAAAAAUAUUUAAUUGCAUUUUCUUGAAUAGUUGUUUUUAAUUCAUUUUUAUAAAACCAAUAUUUUGAUGUACUAAAAACAUGUAUUACUAUUAUUACAUUUAUUUUGUGUAUAUAUAGUUUGUUAUAAAUAGUAAAUUAAUUAGUAUUGAGUAUAAUUGAAAAAAAAAUAGUUCUUAUUUCUGUAUUCAUCUUUUUUUUGGGGUUGUGACACUUUGUUUGUUUAAUUUGAGUUUUAUUAUAUUUUUUUACAAUAGAGUUAGUGAUCAGUCUUAUUUUAGUUAUAUUUAGGACAAGACUUAUUUAUAUAUUUUUGUUAUGUAAAGUAACGUUUAACCCAACAUAAACUUAUGUUCAAAUUAAUUUUAAUUUGUCAAAUACUUGCCAGUAGUAACAUUGUUUCAUGUUUUUAAAUCAUCAGUUUUCCUACCAAAGUUCAGUGUUUCUCUCUGGGCACUCCCGGGGCCAUCCACUGAUAAAAAAUGACUGCCAUAAAACGCUAAAUAGUGCUAAAAAUGGUUUAAACACCAAUCAAUGUAUUUUAGGUUGAAAAACAAGAAAACAGCCUUUUUAGCUCACCGUUCCAUAAGAUUGUCAAUUGACCCCUUAAAGAGUUAUUGGCCUUUAAAGGACAAUUUUACACAAUUUGUUUGAAAAACAAACUAAUAUGAAAUUGAACACAUAAACUCUUAAACGAAAAAUAAAUGCCAAAAAAUCAAGGUGAGCAAUUCAGGCUCUUGAGAGCCUCUUGUUUCAAAUGUAUUGACUCAAAGAAAAGCGAAGCAGAUUAUUUUCUAGCUGGUUUUAUUUGUUAAAAUUCUUUUUGAUGACUUUCAUAAUGUAAACUACUGUUUUUCUAAAUCUGUGUACAUAUCAGCCUGUUUUGACCAAUG